AAAUUUACCAGGUAUAUUUAUCAUAAAAAUAUCUCGAAAUGGAUUAUUAGACUUUAAAAAAUCCUCAGAAAAAAUUUUUUUUUAUCCCUCAGGCACGAAAACGGCACUUUUUCAUGCGUCAAAAAGGGCGUAAACUAACUCAUUUUUCACUGACGGUGAAAAAAGAUUCUUCUUCUCCCUAGGGAAAAAAAGCUGGGUAAAAAUGAAUGUUCUCGUCAAAAAUGCUGCUUUUUUACCUCUGCGCAUGUAUUUUUGACCAGGACAAUAUCUGUUUUAGCAGGGACAAAUAAUGCUGAACGGGUAGUAGCUUCUCAAUUCAAAGCAACCAAUCGCCUCCGAUUCACGUUACACGCUCGGGAGAAUUCGAGUAUUCUCGGAUGAAACCGUAUAUAACGUGAAUGAACGCUACUCGGAAAAUUGCAAAUGGCUGCUUCUGUAUUCUGAUUCCCAAGCGUCGCCGGUUAUCGUCUUUAAAGUUAAACAUGAGUGAUAGUGAAAAUUGUUUCGAUGGUGUGCCACCUGAAAUUGCAGAAAUUGCUGAUUCUGCAUUGAAUGAAAUUCUGCCAGAAAAGUCAAGACAAAUCUAUGAAAACAUUUACGAUGUGUACGUUGAGUGGAAGAAAUCAAAAAAAGUUGAAAAAACCAACGAACAAGUUAUUUUGGCAUGUUUUAAACAUUUAUCAGAGCAUUACCAACCACCCACUUUGUUUUCACAAUUUUCGAUGUUAAAGGCGAUGAUAAACCUAAAUGAAAAAAUAGAUAUCCAGAAAUAUGUCGAAACUCAAGCGUUCAUAAAGCAAAAAAACCGUGGCUACUAUGCAAAAAAAUCCAAAGUAUUUUCUGCUAACGAAAUACAUACAAACUUUUCUCAACGAUGCUCCCGAUCUUCAUGACUUGGAUAAAAAGGUCAUUGCAAUUUUUGGGAUAUUUGGAGCUCUUCGUGGAGAUGAACUGGUCAAGGUAACUACCAAAGAUGUUGAACGCCAAGGUUCCCUGUAUUUAAUCAAAGUUCGUGUAACGAAAAACUUGAAUCCGCAAUCGUUUGUUAUUCCCGAGCAAUUUAGCUCGUAUUUAGAAAAAUAUAUAAACCUCCGUCCGAAGAAUGUCACUACCGACCGAUUUUUUUUAAAUUACCAAUCAGGAAAAUGUACUGUUCAGGUUAUAGGCAAAAAUAAAAUUGCCAAAGUGCCGCAGAAAAUUGCACAAUUUUUAAAGCUGGAGGAUUAUAAAAAUUACACUGGGCACAGCUUCAGGAGGAGCUCAGCUACGAUAUUGGUGGAUGCAGGUGCAAAUAUGACAACCUUAAGACGGUUGGGAGGUUGGAAAAGUGAUGCCGUGGCACAAGGCUACAUAGAAGAAUCUAUGUAUAAUAAAACCGAGAUCAGUAAUAUGUUUUCUAAAACGAUUAACGGCCCGUCAUCUUCCAAGCAAACACCGAUUGAUGUUUCAUCUUCCAAACGUCUUAAAAUUGACGAUAAAAAUACUGAUGAGUCUGAUGAACCAUCAGAAUUCUUGCCAAAGGACACUUCGCUUCAAGAGAAAAAAUUUAAAUUCGAAAACUGUAAUAUUACAAUGCAUUUUAAUAAUUGAAAAAAUCACCUUCGUGUUGUUUUAUGCACUUUAGUUUCUUUUACAUUAAUAUUAUAUUUUGUU